CAGGGAACGUGCGGGACCGAACGCGGGGCUCGCCUCUCACACUGCAUCCCCCGCACUGCCAGAGCAGCAACACGCGAACGACACGAGUCUCGCACAGCACUCCCACAGCUCCCUCACUGCUCACCCAGCCAGCCAGCCAAAUGGACAGCACUGCCAAGGUGGAGAGUGGCUCCAGCCAGCACUUCCUGCAGCCUGCAUGCUUCUAUGCACAGAGCAUGCAGCUCAGCCCGUCCGAGGGGCACCAAGCAGCCGGCAAAUCUUUGCCAAAGCAGGUGAAGAGACAGCGCUCGUCCUCCCCGGAACUCAUGAGGUGCAAGAGGAGGCUAAACUUUAACGGCUUCGGGUACAGCCUGCCCCAGCAGCAGCCAGCCGCCGUGGCCAGGAGGAACGAGAGGGAGAGGAACCGAGUGAAGCUGGUGAACCUGGGCUUCGCCACCCUCCGGGAGCAUGUCCCCAAUGGGGCAGCCAACAAGAAGAUGAGCAAGGUGGAGACCCUGCGCUCAGCUGUAGAGUACAUCCGAGCGCUGCAACAACUUCUGGACGAGCAUGAUGCUGUCAGUGCCGCUUUCCAGUCCGGAGUCCUGUCACCCACCAUCUCCCCCAACUACACCCACGACAUGAACUCUAUGGCAGGCUCCCCUGUCUCGUCCUAUUCUUCCGAUGAAGGAUCCUAUGACCCACUGAGUCCGGAAGAACAAGAACUGCUAGACUUCACCAACUGGUUCUGAGCUGAAAGAAGCAGAACUGCUGCAGAUUCGUCUUUCUGCUCGGAAGCACACAGGAGUCUUUCCGAGAACACUGAAGCACUACAUUUGCACUCCAGUUUGGAUCCACAGGAUAAAUAGACAUUCCAGAUUGUGGCGUUGUGAAGAACACAAUGAGUUCAGCUGUUGGAAGAGAUGCUGUCUGCCACAAAAGAUCCUGACCACAGCACAGGGCUACCCAAACAUAAUAACUCAAUGCCCUUUACUGACUGAAGAUGCAGGUCGGGGAUCACGAAUUGAGGAGUUUCCAUUCAAACUAUGCUAUUAUUCAAAGAACCCCCUCUACGUUUUCAUGUACUACUUUCAUCUUCGAAUGCUUCCAAUCGUUUUAUGAUUUUUUUUUUAAUUAUAAAAAAUCUAUUUCUAUCUAUCCCUGUCAUUUUGAUGGGAUAUAUUAAGCUAUUUUUGUACAUAAGAGAGAUUUAUAGAAGUUUUGUACAAAUCGUAUAAAAAAGUUUGUAUAUCUGGAUACAUUAUUAUGUAAUGCUUAUUAUUACCUCUUCGUAUGUAGACCUUCUAGUCUAUACUACCUUGCCACUGCCAUUUUGUAUGUGGAUUUGUAAAGGACACUCCUUUUUUUAAAGGUGGGGUUGGAAUUCCUACUGAAGUACUUUAGCACCAACGUGUCUUACUUUAUAGAAAGUUUUGUUAAUGUAAUAAUUGUGUUAUUAAACAAUGUUCACAGUGAACAAAGUUUAUGCAGCUAUUGUCCAAACACAAAAUAGUGGUUUGUUGUUUCUACACUGCCUUUCGAAACCAUAUGCCACUGCCUUUUUCUUACUGUUUUAUGACAAAAAAAUCUUACAGAGGUCCUGCAUAACUAUGUUUUUUACAUAUUAGUUUCAUAAUAAACGUUUUAUAUAAAAAAAUCCUGAAUAUUAAUGUUUUUAUUUUUUAAUUUAUUUUAUUCUUCUUUAGUACAUAUUGACAUGCCAGGUUAUGGACCAGUGAGUAGAAUGGUGAGAUGUUCCUAGUUGAUGUGUCUAUUUUAGUACAGACACAACAAAGAUGGGUACUUAUUGUUUGCUAUUCCUCACUUGAAAAGAACCAAUUGAUUGAUGGUUGCAUUGUGUUGGCAUCAGCAAACAUUAAAAGAGAGCCCAAAAAACAUCCUCAAAGAAGAGGGCGCUCUCUACCUAACAUCCAUUCUAAGACAAAAACCCAGAACUUAUGUUUUCAGGACACAUUUUAUUUUUUCAUGGAAUAAAACAUUUGGACUUAUAUAAAAUUAACCUCUUACAACUUCAUAUUUUAU